GUAGCUUGGUGACAACUGGCAUGUGAAUUGACAACUGCGAAAUACUCGCGUCGAAAAUAUUGGUUUGUUCUUGAAAUUUUUGAAGCUUUUGAUGUGAAAAGUUGAUAAUUAUCUGAUAUUUCACGGCUUGCCACACAAUGGGACGAAAUAAGGACAGCGAAGGAUCAGGUUCAGACUCUGAUUCUAGCCGUGGUAGCCGCAGUCGAAGUGGUACUCCUCAGCUAGCACCGACCCCAGGUCACUCGUUGGAACAUCAUGAUUCCAGAUCCCACUCACCGGUGAAUCGUUCCGGCUCAGGAACUCCACAAAACCGUAGUCGCUCGAAUACGCCUGCUGGUUCGCACCGUUCUCGUUCCGGAUCGGCGAGAUCCGGGUCCGGUCAACGAUCUCGAAGUGGUUCUCCGGCUGGUUCCCAACGGUCGCGCUCGGGAACGCCAAGGUCUCAUUCCGGGUCGCAGCGAUCCCGAUCUGGAUCUGGCAGUCCUACCGGCUCACAGCGCUCUAGAUCCGGUUCUCGCUCUCGAAGUGGAACACCGGCACAUCGUUCAAAGAGUGGCACGCCGGUGAAUAGAUCCCAAAGCAGAAGUCCGGCGCCACGAUCCAGAAGUGGAUCCCGCUCACGCUCCGUUUCUCCGGCUAAAUCUCAAUCGAGUCGGAGAUCGCGGUCCAGAUCGAGAAAAUCCGGCAGUCGUUCUCCAUCGCAAGCAAAGUCACAACGUUCUAAGUCGGGAUCUCGUUCGCGGUCUAGAAGCGCCGAUUCAAACCGAUCUGGUUCGGUAGGAUCCGAAGUGGGUGACAAACGAAAACGGACGAUUGUUUCCAGUGAUUCUGGUUCUGAUGCGGAUAAGAUUCAAAAGAAAAAGAAAAAUAAGCUGAUUGAUUCUGAUUCGGAUGAGCCGUCCGAACCGGAACAAACAGUAAAAGAAAAGGACAAUGUUACUGCUGAUACGUUGUUCGGAGAUGCAGAUGAUAUAAGCUCGGAUGAAGCUUCGGAACGGGAACGAGAUGAGUUGGAUGAUUUGGAAGAUGAGCAAAGAAAGAAGGAGCAAAGCGAUAGGGAGCGAUCCCGAAGCAAAAGUAGAUCUCGAUCGCGGUCUAGAUCCAGAUCCAGGUCGAGAAGUCGUGGCAGUGAUCGUCGGUCUUCGGACGAUGAGCGUGGGGAAGGGUUGGCUCGUUUUGAAGAACCGAAGGAGACAGAAGUGGAGCCAGAGCCAAUUCCGGAAACAAGAAUUGAUGUGGAAAUUCCCCGGAUUGUCACUGAUUUGGGGCGUGAUUUGCACUUUGUCAAGCUUCCUAAUUUCCUUUCGGUUGAAACACGACCUUUUGAUGUUGAAACCUACGAGGACGAGAUUGACGAGGAGGAAACUCUGGAUGAGGAAGGUCGACAGCGUUUGAAGUUGAAGGUCGGAAAUACCAUCCGCUGGCGAAACAAUAUCGACGAGGAAGGAAAUGGAGUUCGAGAAACAAAUGCCCGCAUGGUUCGAUGGUCAGAUGGAAGCAUGAGUCUGCAUUUGGGAUCUGAAAUCUUCGACGUUUAUAAGCAACCUUUGCAAGGCGAUCAUAACCAUUUAUUCAUUCGUCAGGGUACUGGUCUUCAAGGGCAAUCUGUAUUCCGUACUAAGCUGACCUUCCGACCACAUUCUACAGAAUCGUUUACUCACAAGAAGAUGACGAUGUCGCUAGCCGAUCGAUCUACAAAGACAUCCGGUAUCAAAAUCCUUACCCAGGUCGGGUUUGAUCCGGAUGCGAAUCGAAAGCAGAACAUCAAAAAAGAAGAAGAAAAACUCAAAAUGGCGAUGCGAGCAAAACCGACCCAGUCAAAAUCGAGUGGUCGCAAAAAGGAUUCCGGAGCCAAUGCCAACAGUUCCUACCAGCAAGACGAUGGUUCCGACGAAGAGGGUGGCAUUUCCAUUGCAGCUAUUAAGAACAAGUACAAGGAUGAUCGCUCGAAGCCGAAGCAAGGCGCGGCUAUUUAUUCGUCGGAUGAAGAUGGCUCCGAUAUGGAGAUGGGCAGAAAGAAAAAGAACCCAAACAAAAAAAGAGUUCUUAAGGCACUAGAAAAUUCUGAUGAUAGUGACGAUGAUGGUUCUGAGCAUUCAGGCUCUGGUUCCGGUUCAGGUUCGGAGCCAGGAUCUGCUUCUGGUUCAGAGGCUGGAUCUGGCAGCGAAAAAAGCACAGCAAAAGGAAAGUCUGCUGACGAGGGUGGCGGUGGCGAUGAAAGUGACGAGUAAUUUGUUUCAUUUUUAAUAUCUAACUGUAACAAAACUAAUAAAUACUACAUUACUACGCA